CAUAGAUUUGCAGCCCCAUCGCGCGUUGACGUUGUUGUUGUUGUUGCCGGUUGUAAGCGACUGCUGGGCAGCAGCAAGCUGGGUGAAGGGUAAGAUGAUCCAAGGCUCAAAUGUGUUGGGCUAUGAGAGGCCCCUGGUCAUCAGGAUAUCAUUUGCCACUUGUAUUGUGGUCACUGUGUGCCUGCCACUGUUAGGACUCAUCACUUGCGUCUCUAUAUCCUCUCUUUUUCACUUUGAAGACGCCACCGGUACACAUUGCCAGGUUCCAAACUACCUGCCAUCCAUCAGUGCCUCAAUCAGCAUCAGUCCCGAGUGCCACAUAUGGCGGUUCUGCAUCGGACUGCACUCUGCACCGAGGCUUCUGGUGGCCUUUACCUACUUCAGAUUUUACAAGACCCGCUUUGCUGCCAGGUCCUCUGAGAGCACACUCAGCUGCUUGAACUUGGCCUUUUCGAUUUUUGAGAACCUUGGCCUGCUGCUGCUGACUUAUGUGUCAUCUAAUGAGACAUACUUUGUGCAUAAGGAAGGUUUUGUCCUCUUCAUUGUGAGCUCUCUUAUCUACAUGCUGAUAACCUGCCGUUUGUGGAGAACCAUUAAAAAGUACUCGUUAAGUCCUGAGGAUGCCAAGUCUCAUUACUGGAAAGUCCGCUUCUUACUCCUCAAUGUUUGCUUCUGUGCUUUUGCUGGAUUCUUUUACUGGAAACACAACAUGUACUGUGAACCAGGAAGUUACACCUUUUUUGCUCUGUUUGAGUACCUUGUCGUCUUCUCCAAUAUGGCCUUCCACCUGACCGCUGUGUGGGACUUCAAGAGCCGAGAGGUUGUGGUCAUCUCCUCCUUUGAGGAUAAAGACUUCUGACUAGAAACUAAAGGAGAACAUAAUAAAUGUGCAGGCGUCAAACCACCUGAUGACGACAGCAGUGCUCCAGUUGAAGAAGACUGGGAUGGGCUUUUUCACAUAUUUUCAUGAAUACGUUUUUUAAAGUGUGUUAACGCCAGUCAAGUGCAAACAGAUGAUGCACACAUAUAGCCUAGACGUGAUGGAUGGAAGAACAGCUUUUGUUGUAAUGGAAUUUUCAUCGAUGCCUUCAAUUUUAGAUAUUGUUUUAAGUGAUGUGAUUUUUUUUACUUUGAUAUCGAGCACUGCUAAAUAUGUGGCCAUACUGUAUAUCAGCCAAAGUGCAGCAGAUGCAUUCUGGUAAUCUAAAUAUUCGGAAGCGAUUGCUUCUAACAUGGUAUUUUAAGGAAUUUUCCACCAGAAAUAUUCAGAUUGUUGUUGAUACCUGAAGGUAUAAGGUUCUCUUCUGUUUUUGUGUGUUCCAGUUGUAUUUUAUAAAAGGCAUUUCAGCUCAAUAGACAAGCACAACCUGA